AAAAAAGAAAAGGAAAAAAAAGGAGGUCUUCUGCUAUCGUGUGCCAUCAAAUCCCGGCGACUGUAUGAGCGGAUCUGGUGGAAACAACGGCGUUGCAACUAUGGCCGGUGGAGCAGCCGAACAGCAGUACGCUAAGGCGAAGAUAUCAGUGUGGUGGGACAUAGAGAACUGUCAGGUACCAAAAGGUUGUGAACCUCAUUCGAUCGCUCAGAAUAUAAGUUCUGCUUUGGUUGAUAUGAAUUACUGUGGGCCAGUAUCGAUUUCUGCCUACGGCGACACCAAUCGGAUCCCGGCCUCCGUCCAGCAAGGUCUCAACAGUACCGGCAUCGCCUUGAAUCAUGUGCCCGCUGGUGUUAAAGAUGCAAGUGACAAGAAAAUUUUGGUGGACAUGUUAUUUUGGGCUGUUGAUAACCCUGCCCCGGGAAAUUAUCUGUUGAUAUCUGGUGAUCGGGAUUUCUCAAAUGCUCUGCAUCAAUUGAGGAUGAGGAAAUAUAAUAUUCUUCUAGCACAACCUCAGAAAGCAUCCCCAUCUCUCCUUGCAGCUGCAAAGAGUGUAUGGCUAUGGACUAGUCUUUUGGCUGGAGGACCACCAAUAACAAAUGGUGAAUCACCUCAAGCAGUUGAUAAUAGCUAUGGCCAUACAUUCAGUGCUAAUCCAGUACAUAUUCCAGUUUCUGAACCAGUUCAGAUACAUCAACCUUUAGAUAACAUGUAUGGGAAUCCCCAUCCAGGAUUGCAGAAAUUCUCAAGCAUAGGAAGAGCAAAUGAUUCUAAACCGAAGGGGAAGCUAAUAAGGAAAAAUUUGAGUCAACCAAUUAUAAGAACUUCAAGUCCACCCAUCGGGAUUCUAGAAAAUCAGAUUAAUUUAAACUCUCAUCAACCAGGUUAUAUGCAACCUAGUCAAUUCAAGGACUCCCAAGAGCAAUCUUAUUCUCGUAUUCCUAAUGUUUCUUCAAGUGGAUCAAACCCAAAUCACAUUCCUGUUGGCCCUGAUUAUUCGUGGAAUACCAGCAAUAAUGGCACUAGCUACCAAGGCCAUCAUCCACAGUCAGUAAGGCCCGGUAAUCCUCCAGGAAACCCCACACUUGCUCCAGGAAAUUACUUUCCACCUAAUCCGCAUCUUCGCCCUCCUCAUUUUAUGCCUCUCAGGCCUGAUGGAUACAGCACUACGUCUGCUUCCCUGACAUUUGUUCCUGAUAUUGGUAAGCUUAACUUUUCUGAUAGCUCUGGCAGAGAACACAAUCCUCCAAUGAAUCAACCACAGGGUGGACAGCUGAAACCAAAUUCCAUUGAUUCUGCAAAUCAUGCAUACGCAAACGGUCCACAAAAAGGAUAUAGUAUGCCCAAUAAGUCUCCGUUUUACAAGGAUACUCUGAACAAAUAUCCAGCUACUGGUCCAGAUUUCCUACCUUCAUCUUCCUCAGCAUUGGACACAACAAGUACUGCUGCUACUGGUUGUGGUGUGUGGGGCACACCAGGAUGCCCAAAACCUUCAGAAUAUGUCCAAGGCCUUAUAGGGGUGAUUUUACUUGCCUUGAGCACACUGAAAAAUGAAAAGAUUAUGCCUACUGAAGCAAACAUAAUUAAUUGCAUUCGUUAUGGGAAUCCCAAACAACGCAAUAUUGAUGUUAAAAAGGCCCUAGAGAGUGCUGUCAAGCAGCAGCUGGUAGUGAAACAGAAUCUAGGUACAUUACCAUUUUUUGUUGGUAAGAAUGAGAAAUUAUGGAAGUGUGUGAACCCUAUCGGUAAUAAUAUUAAAGAUCACUCAAAAGCAACAUGGGAUGAACUCCAAAUUUUUUUAUCAACUCCUACUGGACGUUCUGCAAUAGCUGGUUCUCAAUGCAGAUAUGAGGCAGCGACUAUUAUAAAGAAUAGAUGCUUAAAAGAUGCUGCAUUGGGUGACAUACUUCAGAUUUUGAACUUGGCAAUCAGUGGAAAGAAGUGGAUCAUACAUCAUCCAUCAGGAUGGCAACCAGUUAGUAUUGCUCUUCCGGAGAGCAACCCAGAAUCAGUUUGGUAGCUGCCACUUGAAAAUCUACUGGUCUGUGGUCAGUGAAAGGCCUGUUGGUAGUUUUUGGUUAGAGAACAUCACUUAGUUUCUUGACAAUUGGCAACAUUCUCCUAGAGGCCUCGUUAAACCGAUGAGGAUAAGUAGGUUGGCAUCGAUAGAAAAUUUACUGGCCUAUCUUAGGCCACUAGAUGCAUUGGGGUGCCCAACUGUCUGUUUAUUUUUUUAUGUUUUAUUUGGUCACUUGUCAGUAAUUUUAGAAGUAUGGUUUUGGUAGAUAGAGGUCAAACAUGAUAGAAUGAACUUUCUUUAGGUUGUAGAGAAACAAUUGUGUUAAAGGUCUGCUGGGGAUUGUCAGGUACUGGAUUGACUUGGUUGUUUACUGUCUCUAUUUUCCAAGCCAUCUGUAUCCUUGGACAGCUGGACAUAUAUACCCUCCCACCAAUCAAACCCUUUGGAGAACAGUAUUGGAAGAUCUUGCUUGCUGAUGUAACAUCCGUCAUAUACAUCUCAGAAUGGAUCGACGUGUUUAUUUCUGUUUUGACAAGAGACUGCUUGUCAUAUGCUUCAUUGGAUUUUCGUUACACUCAUAGUUGAGAGUUGUUGGAUAAGCACAUGAAGAUGGGUUUUAUAGAAAUCUGCUAGAUGACAUUUUUUGCACCUGUAUAGAGAUUGGAUGGAAGAUUGGCUUUUUUGGUACACAAAUCACAGUACCAUUGUGACAUGCAGAAGAAAGAAUCAGUCAAUUUUGCAUGACGGAUUAUUUGAAAAUGUUAUGUUCUGAAGAUGAUCAGAUUUGAUCAGUAGCGAAUUACAGUUGCAAAGUACUUUUCAUCAAAUGAACACACAACGCAUGCAGGCAGAUGUAUGUUUUUGAAGCAGUUGCACAUUAAGGUAUGAUGGUCAAAUUUUAUGAAAUGAAUAUAGUUUAAGAUCUGCUAAUGUUCAUGAAGGCGGUAGCUACCCUGAAACUCUUACUUUUUGUUAUCAAAAGUAAUCCCUCCUAUUUGUAUAUGUGUCAUUUCUAUUUUCUAGCAUGGUGUAAACAUUUUACUUUCUGGGAAUAAUCUUGCUCUUUGUAUUAAAUGAAUAUGAAAUGCUUAUCAUG